UACACCUAGCCCUUUCCUUUUUCUAGUCCAAGAUUCAUCAUUUCAACAGAUUAAAAGUGAAAAGGAAUACCCCUCUCUCUCACUCCUUCCACAGUUUCAUCACUAUCUGAUGCAAAUAUCUUGUAGUAGGUCAAGUCUUUCAGUCUCCAAAGUCAACAGCCUCACUUUCUCUCUAUGGCCCUGUUGCUUCCAUUGUAACAAGCUUCUAGACCUUCUCCUACUCUCCUUUUUCCAACUAUAAAAACCCCAUAAACCCUGCUUUCCAUCUCUCUCUGUAACUCUCCCUAGCUUAAGAAACCUUGAACUAGUUUUUAUCAGGAAGAAAACCCCAGAUUUUGGUACCCUUUGGGACGUUUUUUCUCGCCAUCAAGAGCCCUGCGAAGCAGUAAACAAGGCAACUUUAAGAACCCGAAGAAGUAAAGCCAUGGCGGACUCAGAUACGGAAUCAGGAGGAGCUCAAAACAAUGGCAACAACAACGCUUCAAACGCGACGGGGAACAGCAGCGACCUUUCCUCUCUGAAAGAACAAGACAGGUUCUUGCCGAUAGCCAACGUGAGCAGGAUCAUGAAGAAGGCUCUGCCUGCAAACGCCAAGAUAUCGAAAGAGGCCAAAGAAACGGUGCAGGAAUGCGUUUCGGAGUUCAUCAGCUUCAUCACGGGAGAAGCGUCCGACAAGUGUCAGAAGGAGAAGAGGAAGACCAUCAACGGCGACGAUCUCCUUUGGGCCAUGACGACGUUGGGGUUCGAGGAUUACGUGGAACCCCUCAAGGUUUACUUGCAGAGGUUUAGGGAGAUGGAAGGAGAGAAAACCGCGGUGGCACGUGACAAAGACGCUCCUCUUGGUGGUGGCGUCGGUGGUGGUGGGAUGUAUGGCAUGAUGGUACAUCAGCAUCAAGGGCACGUGUAUGGUUCUAGUGGGUUUCAUCAGAUGGGAAGUAGUGGGUUGGGUAAAGGUGGGCCUGGGAAUAAUUUGGUUGGGCCGAGGUAGUCAUCAUCGGUGACACGUGUAUGGUUGUUAUGGGUUCGAUAAAAAAUCUGGUUUGGUUAAGGUUGGGCCCAGGUAGUUGCGUCAGUCCGUACACGUGUAAACUUUUGGUGGCUUGGGCAACUUGGGCUGAAGGAUAGGCCUCUUGGAGAGCAUAUCGGGCCUGGACCUGAUUUGGAUACGGGCCAGGAAGUUGUUAUCCAGGACACGUGUACGGUAGUGUUGGUUAGGUAGAGGCAGAGUCGGCUUCAGGCCCUUCAUUUCAUUUCAUUUCAUCAAUUUCACAUAAUGUGAUUUUGUACUUCCCAAUGAAAUAUAUAGAAUGAGUUCCUAAA